CUCUGUGAGUAUAUCACGACAUAUGAUUGAAACAUUUUUGAGCUGAGAUUGGUGAAAGAAAGCAGAAAGAAAAUGAAACACUUCUACGUGAUCAUCACAGCUCUGGCAGCAACAGCUCUGGCACAAGGCUCUAUUGAAUGUAAUUUCACUGAAGCUACUGGAACUCAGCAAUGUUAUGGAGCGGUGGGACAACUGCUGAUUUUUCACCUGCCAAACACUGCAGAUACAGAUGUAAGGUUGAAGAAAGACAAGAAAUAUAUGAUUUUAAAAUCAUACAAAAAUCAGAUAGAGAGUCUACAUGAGGAAUACGCCAAUCACAGCAAUCAGACUGAACUUUUCACCAAGGGAAGACUUGAAUUAGGAAAAGCAACAAAGAAACACUCCGGAGACUACAUGUUGGAAGAAUAUAGUGGAAAUGGGAAUUUCAUAAGAAAAGUAAAUGUGCACGUAGAAAUUGAAGCUCCAGUGUCAAAGCCAGCUGUUUCUCAGAUGUGUUCGUCAGAACAGAUCAACAUCAGCUGCUCCUCUGAGGGAGAUGGAGUGGAGUUCCGUCUGACUUUAGACGGAAACUUACUCAUGCAGACAAGAGACAACAGCCAGUUCCUGAACAGCAGUAGAGUUAACAUACAAUCUCUGACAGAGACUAGAAUUACACAAGACGAACCCAGUCUUAAACACGUUACCAUCAGCUUAAAGGGUCAGCUGGCUGGAAGCUUAAUGUGUAUUGUUUGGAACAAUGUCAGCAGAGAAGAAACAGUUAUUCAACUGAAAAUCUGCACAGUGCCCAGUCUGCAAGGUAUUUCCAUCCUUGUUGUGUCUGUGGCCGUUACAGCAAGCUUUUUGGCUGUCCUCCUGGGAUGUAUUUUAAUCAUUCUCCGUAAAAACCAAACACCCUCAGCUGUUAAUGAGGAUGUUACAGGGAACCCUGAAGAGGACGUUAUCUACGCCCAAUGGAUUUACUUUGUGUGCAGUAAUGUGAGGGUUUCUUGA